GAGCACUGUCCACACAUGCCCGUCCUGCCGUGGCUCGCCUCGCCGGCCGCGGCCGCGGCCGUGCGCCGGGCGCCGCCGCUCUCCUCUUCGCCGCCUACCCUGCUCCCACUGCCCGCCUCUUCCUUCUCCCCCUGGUCCUGGAGCAACCGCGCGAAGGGUGUGCUCCCGCCGCGGGGGCCAUUCGCCACCGCGGCUGACACCCCCCUCGGGGGCCCGCUCCGUGAGCCCGACGAGGAGGGCGACCCGCUCCUCGUCGCCGCGCUCCGGGCCGCCCGUGUCCGCGACGAGGAGUCCCGCCGCCCAGAUCCUCUUUUUAUUGAUCCGUAUGCCGCUGUUCUACUUUCAAUUGGUGCGCCAAGUGAAGAUAAAGAUUCUCUAGCUUUACAUUUAAUGCCUUAUGCAGAAUAUUAUAGGGUAGUGACCAGAUAUAUUGAUGACAAAUUGCAACAUUUGAUAAGCAACUCAGAUGAUCUUAGACAGAUUGUUCUGUUGACAGAUGGAAUGGACACUCGUCCUUACAGGCUGAGCUGGCCAAAGUUAUCUGUUGUGUAUGAUGUAUCACCUGGAAGAGUUUUCAGUACAGCAUUGCAGAAACUCAGAGGAGCCGGAGCAAAAAUAUCACGGAACUGUGUUGUACUUCAUACUUUGGCAGAGUCUCCUGACUUACAAGAGGGCUUGUACAAAAAUGGCUUAAAUGGAAAUAGGCCAAGCUUGUGGGUACUGCAGGGUUUACCCUUGUUCAAUUUUAAAAGCUUGGAGGACCUUUUGCUUAUCAUAAGCAAUUUAGCAAUGAAAGGGAGUAUCUUUAUAGGGGAGUUACCACGUUUUGCACAGUGGAGACCAGCAGCAGACAUGGCCUCAGAGCAAGACAAGCUGGAAAACCUUUUCUUUACCCAGGGUUUUCGUGUCAGCUUUGUUCAGUAUGAUGAAAUGGUUAAGGAUGUUGGCUUAGGUCUGGGCUCUCUAUCAGAAAUACAUGGCACAACUCUUUUUAUCGCUGAACAGCUGCGUUUCUCAGAUGCUCAGAUGGAGAGCUUCCGGAUGCAUUUUGAAAGAAUAGAGGAAGAUGCCGAUGAAGAUGGGUUCGAGGAACUUUAGUCCAAUCUAUCUUGCUUGAUGCCUCUAGAAAAAUGAUAGUCGAUGCAAUUGAAAGAUAUUAGCUUGUAAAUGUAUGCACUAGAUUCUAUCCCUCAAAAAAUGUAUGCUGAUAGUCUUGCCAAGUUUUCCGCACGGAUACAUGUAAUCAUCAAUUGCUGAGGAUCUACAAUUGUUGGUGGCAUGUUUUCCUGUGUCACCAUUUAAACAUAUACGGUUGUGUGUUAGACUGCUGGGAUGUCUUGAUUGCUAUAUAUUUUUCGAACCAAAUCUUUUACAAAGAAUGUUGAUUGUGUUAU